ACUGGAAUAUCACGAUUAAAUUAUACACCAACAUCUGAUCUGGAUUAUGGAACGUUGUCGUGUUGGGGUCGAAAUGCAAUUGGCAUUCAGAAAUCACCGUGUGUGUUUCAAGUUGUCGCUGCAGGCCGCCCUUUUCCCAUACAAAAUUGCACAAUUUCUAAUCAAACAACCGACUCGUUCAGCAUCGACUGCAUCGAGGGUUUUGAUGGUGGCUUGCCACAAGUGUUUUUGCUCGAAGUAGUUGAAGUGCCAACACUACGAUUAUUGCGUAAUUUGACGUUAACGAAACCACCAAUUUCCUUCUACAUUGAUGAUUUGGAGCCAGGAAGUACGUAUCGCGUUGUGCUGUUUGCGAUGAAUGCAAAGGGACGUUCCGAGCCUACCGUUAUUGAUGAGAUAUUAUUUAAAGGGGUUGCCAAGUAUACAAGCAUUUCCAGUGCACUAAAUGUUCCAAUUUCCCCCGUAUUAGCUGCCCUCACCCUCACCGCCAUCAUCUUGUUCGCCAUUGUUUGCAUCGUGUCCGUUUCAGUCUACCGCAGGCAUUCAAAGUACAAAAAUUCAUAAUUCAAAUUGAAAUCUGCCGCGAAGCAUAAUCACGUGUCAGCGACCCCGUUAGACUGCCAACUAGAUGGCGCCAUGAUGCAAGAUGGGCGUCGUACGGGAAAUGACACGAGCAAUGUCAGACUCGUAGGAGCGGGAGGCGAGCCUAAUGGCAUUCAUGAAACGGAUGAUGCGGAUCCGGACAUCAUUCCCAAUCAAUAUGAACGUCGUCCACUAAAAUCAAAUCAGCCCCUUUACCGUAGUCCGUCAUCGCGACUCGCGCAACGCGAUUAUGUCGUCGGCGGUAAUAUCGCCAACAUAAUUGGCGGAGCCGCUGGUGAUGCCGAACGAGGAGGUUGUGAUGGUUCGAGUGUCGCCUCAUUAGGAGGGUCGUCCGCCACUAAUGAAGUACAUCAUUAUUCAUUUAAACCUAGUCAACAAAUUGGUUACGCCACAAUGGGUCACAAAAGUAAAAACUCCACACUAUCAAUAAGUCCAUUAGGUGCGCAUCCAGCUGUACAUUACAAUCAAUCUCCGUCACAAAUGCCACAUCACCCUCAUCAACAAAUGCAUCUCUACGGCAUUGUGCCGCCAACUAUGACGCCCCAUUCCCACAAUAGCAACGGUAACCUAAGUAGUAAUUACGGCAAUAGCAGUAGUAACAUUCAGCAACAACUACCACAACUCUCGACAACAAGUGUGGUAGGUGCCCUGCUGAGUCCAAGUACGAGUCAGAAUCAAGUGACAUCUUCCUUCAGCGAGUAUCGCUUCAAACCCGAAGUGGUAACGACAUCAAAUCGGAUACAGGAAAGUUGUAUAUAA